UGUCAGGGCGAUCCCCCCGGAGUAACGUGUCGCCUACGCAGUUUUAUUUUUGUUGAUUAGAAAAAAGUUAUUCGAUUCGGCUGUUCUCACUUUCUGUCUGAUUGCAUUUAUCAGACGUAUUAAACUUUUUCUUUCCUGUAAGACUUGUCUUUAGUUUUGUUUCUCUGCGAUGUUCGAGCAGACAAUCCGAAAUUUCAAAAUCAAUUUUAUCAGGCACGAUGGACGAAAUAGUUUUUCCAGUGGCGACCAAAUCAUAGGUCACAUCUCUUUUGAUCUGACAAAAGAAACAAAGAUCACUUCAAUAACAACGAGGCUGAAGGGAAACGUGAAUGUGCACUGGACCGCCGGAGGAGGUGGAGGGAAACAGGAAACGAGGAAACGUUACUCUGCAAGGCUGGACUUCUUCGACUUAAAAGGAGUUAUUUUGCAAGAAGACAGGGGUAUGCUGUUACUGGUGCUGUUUGGACGCAGUGAUACAUGGCAAACAAACAGUCACUGUCUUUGUCCUUUUCUUAUAGUUACUCGUGGGACAAAACUUCAACUCGGGACGCAUGUGUAUCCGUUCACAUGUCAGCUCCCACUAGGAAACUUCCCAUCGUCCUUUCAUGGGGUUCACGGAAAAAUAGCAUAUACCUUGACAGUGGGCAUUAAUAGACCGUGGCGUAUGUCCAAGGACUUUGUGACAGAGCUUAAGUUUGUAAACCACAUUGAUACCAACCAGCCAGGGUUGAAUGCGCCACUCUCAGGUUCAAACAGCGUGACACCGUGUAGCUUGUGGUGUAACUCCAGUCCCGUCACUCUGACAGUUAGUGUAGCGACGAAAGCUUUCACCCCUGGCGAAACAGUGAAAAUAUUUUGUGAAUUUAGUAACCCUUCAUCUAAAACAGCUACUCCGAAGGUGAAGCUGCAACAGAAACAGACUUUCUACACCCACAGUAAGCGCAACAGGAAGAUGGCUAUCAAAACUUUGGCGUGUGUGUCAGGAGAACCUGUUGGUGCUCAGGUUUCUUAUGUACGCACUGAGAUCAUGCUCGCUAUUCCCUCGUCUGCAUCUUUAACCAUCUCAGAGUGCAGCAUUCUGGUUGUUGAUUACAUUAUUGAGGUUAAACUCCACGUAGGAGCAUUGGAUGAGGUCGUUGUGCUGUUUCCAAUCAUCCUGUGUGAUGCCCCCGUGCAAACUUAUCCCCCAGUGUGAUUCAACACAGGGUGUUUUUGAGGAUCCACAUGGAGCAUAUCACCACUGCUCUUCCUACACGUGUUACUGUUCAUAUGCCAUUCAUAUGUUGAUGACAUGCAGUUGUACAUGUUAAUUUCCUCUGAUGACCUCGAUGCAUCUUUCAUUUUAUCUUAACCAUUUUUUUUUUUACCUGUUUACCUUUUUACUUUAAAUGACUUAGAUACUGUUUGUGCUAGAGACAAAUUGUAAACAGUUUACAGUUUCUUUUAGUCUGCUUCACAGCUUCCUGAUAUCUGGUGUAUUGUAAACGAUACACCAGAUAUCCCUGUAAACUGGGAUAUCUGGUGUAUCAUUGAAGCACAAAGCAUUCACAAGCUACUGCUGUCUGAUCACCGAUAGAAAAAUCAGAAAAGUUGUUUGAUGAAUUGGUUAAUGAAGAUGAUACAGCCUAUCACCAUUUGAGUAGGCAUAAAUAAUUAAAAUAUUUUGCCAAAUAUGACUGGCUAUACUAAUUAUGUGUUACCUUAACUUUACAUUUUCAUGUUGAUAGUAGAUUGAAGUAAUACACUCAAAAUCCUUUCAGUAGUCAAUAGAGCACCUUUAUGCUUGUGUUCCUAGUACGGCGAUGACUUACUCAUUUAUUAAAUCCCACUAAGGCCUUUAAGGUCAUCAGGCAGAGGUCUUGUAACAACACUCAGAAUAAGAUCCAAAUCUGGUGCGGGUGGUUUCAGCACUCGCUCUUACAGAACUUCAAAUAUAUUCCCACACCUGUGUCAGAAAACUGUGUAUAUUUGUAUGCUUUUAUGUGUCUGUAUGUGUGUUUAUGCUUGUUGUACAGUUUAUUACAUGUGUUAUGUGUUUUGAGUGUUGUGUUUGAUGUACAUCAGGUUUAUGCUUUAUAAUCUCAUAUAUGCCACUUUUAAAAAAAAUCAUCCCUACAGCCGUCUGUUACCAAUUUUCACGUUAUUGUGAAUGUAUUUGUAUAAGGUGUGCUGUACUGCAAAGCUGCCAUGGUGCGCAUUGGCUAGACGCGACGUCACGAGUCACAGCGUAUAUCACUGCAUUCGGGUGAAGGUCAAUAAGUGUUGGUGUAAGUUUAAUAAAAUCCUUGACCUUUCCAUCUCUGAGAAAAUAUGUGGUGGCUGUCAGAAGUUUAAUAAAUCAUACUAUGGAGUUUCUAACACUAAAUUUUCAUGGAGAGAGCCAGUAUAGACUGCAAGACUGGAGGAGAAUAGCCAGGUAAAGGAUGUUAAAACUGGAAAGUCUUAGAAUUGGAAAUCUUUCUUUCCAUCUACAUGAUGUGAAUAGUCUGUGGCGAAGUUUUUCAUCAUAGUGACUGAAGAAAAAGGAGACUUGUGUAACAGUGUCAUAGUCCAGUUUUGGACAAAUUAUCAAAUUUAUAAAUUUAUAUGUACAUAUUCACAAACGCUGCAUGUUAUAUUGUCAUCAUUUGCAUUUCAACUGUUUAUAAAAAUAAAAACAAUUAGUAGAAC